AAAGGUAAUCGCUUGGAUCAACUGACAAGAAAUAGAUAAUCAUUUACACAAAACAAUCGAACCGCUCAUUCAUCUUCAACUUAGAACCCUUAAAUUUCAACCCAAUAAAACGAAAGGGAAAAUCAAAGCGAAGAAAAAUGAGUAACGAAUACGAUUAUCUGUUUAAGCUUUUGUUGAUCGGCGACUCCUCUGUUGGAAAAUCUUGUCUUCUUCUUAGAUUCGCUGAUGAUUCAUAUGUUGACAGCUAUAUUAGCACCAUUGGAGUGGAUUUUAAAAUUAGAACUGUGGAGCUAGAUGGGAAGACAAUCAAGCUGCAAAUUUGGGAUACUGCUGGCCAAGAGCGGUUCCGGACUAUUACUAGCAGUUACUAUCGAGGAGCUCAUGGGAUAAUUAUUGUGUACGAUGUAACUGAAAUGGAAAGCUUCAACAAUGUUAAGCAAUGGCUUAAUGAGAUUGAUAGAUAUGCAAAUGAUAGUGUAUGCAAGCUUUUGGUGGGGAACAAAUGCGAUCUAGUUGAGAACAAAGUUGUCGAUACACAAACUGCAAAGGCAUUUGCAGACGAGCUUGGGAUCCCUUUUCUGGAAACUAGUGCAAAAGAUUCUAUCAAUGUGGAGCAGGCUUUCUUAACCAUGACUGGCGAGAUUAAGAAAAAAAUGGGUAACCAGCCAGCUGCAAACAAGAAACAGGCGAGCACGGUUAAAAUUGAGGGUCGACCAAUUGAGCAGAAAAGCAAUUGUUGCAGUUGACUGUACUCAAUUGUUCUACCUCAUGUUAAAAUGAAUGUAAACAGAUGGUAAAUGUCUAUUAACAAAUUUCUCUCUUUUGAAUUUCUUGUGAACAGCUGAAUGUGAUCAGACAAUUAAGUUCAAUUUUCGGAUUUUAACAAGGAAAUGAAUAUUAUGAAACACAAGCAUGCACGUUAA